AUGGCCAUGGGCGAUGUGAGGUUGGGGGAGGUUGCCUGCCAUUGCAUCUGCGUGGUAUAUGGUGAACGGUCUGUGGAACCCAACGUCAAUAUCACUUCCAACCCUCACUCAAGACUUCGCACAACCUCGUAUCGACACCUUCCGACACACAACACGACUCUAUACGAUAGCAAGACUCAACGAGAUACAUCACAGCGGCCUUCGCGGCCGCUGUCCAUACUCUUUCCACGACGACCGACGACAAAGAUGUGCGGCUGCCUCACCGCCGUCUCCAAGCUCUGGCGUGGCGAACCCGACCCACCGCGGCCAAGCCCACGCUGGACGACCGCCGACUUGACUCCAGGCAAGCUCUACAACUCAAUGCAUUACAAGAGCAAAGCUACGGCCAGGGUAUCGCACAUCAACAUCAGCAUUCACGGAACGGCAUGGAGCAAACCAGCUCAAGCCGUCUUGAGGUACCCGCUCAUCAAAGUAAGUCCAAUCGUUCGCGUGAAAGAAGCAGGCAAGGCAGCAGGCAGGGCAGCAAGCAGAGCGAUGGAUCAGUUGACGGGUAUGGUGGCUGACGACGAGAGCGAUGACGGCUGGGAAAGUCAGCGCUUGCUGCCACCAGAAGGCGUGGCGACGACGCGCUGGAAGGGCAAAGGAAAGGCUCACUGGGUCCUGGGACCGACCGAGGCUCAGAUUGGGCAUGAGGGUAUCAGUGAGAAUUCUGAUGAUAUCCCGAUCGGCUUGAAGGCCAAAGCGAAGGUUCACUGGCUCCUAGAGGCAAACGAGGAUGGGAAAGGGUAUGGAAGUAUCAGUGACGGGUCUGGUGAGAUUCCAAUCGGCUUCUUUCCUCCGAUACCGAGCGAUUGGACGGCGGCUGCUGUGAGAGGAAGGAAUGAAGAUGUGGAGGAUCUAAGCAUCGGCGAGGCGGGCGGCGAGACGUACUAUGGGCUGAGCAAUAGUGGUGGACGGUUCGUAACGCGGCCGAACCUUGCGGCGGCUACGCCGAGGUCGUUGCUUGGACUUUGA